UGUUGUGUUGUGCGACUGGGUUGUGUGCCGCGCUGUUGUUGCGCUGCCGGCCCCCCAACCAACUUGUGUGUGUUGCUGCCGUUGUGUUUUGCCGUCAAGUUGGGCAAAAUGUAUCUAGAUACAUAAUUGCCACAUUCAGUCGUCGUUAAAUAGUUGUACGGCGCAGUUCAAGCAGCUCUUUUUCAAUUUCACAAAUCAUAAUAAAAAUUUGUUGGAUAUUGAAACACGGAAUACAAGUGAAGCGAACAAAAAACACAUGGUGUUUCAGUUAGAAGAAGAAACAAGAACAACAACAACAAAAAUUUUAAGAGAGUUGGAAAUGUUUGUGUAGCAAAAAAGUAUUUAACUCUCGUAACCAAAAGAUUAUCAGCUUUUGUGAUCAAAAUAUGAAUAUUAUUAUUUGAAAUCGUUGAAUAUAUGAAUUGAUUUGAAAGAAUGAAUACACCUUUAAUAAAGUGUUAAAAAUCUGGUCAUUUAAGCAACCAGCCGAAGGCAAAAAAAAAAAAAAAAACAAGUGAAACACAUAAAAGUCAAAUCAUCAACAAAAUAUCAACCAAAAAAAGAAACAACAACAACAACAAAAAAGUGAAUACCAGUUUUAUGUUAAAACAGAAACAUAAAGAAACCAACAACAAAUACAUGAAAACAAAUUUCUUCAAAUGCUCAACAUUGGAAGCUGUUGCGCCAACAAAAGGAUUUAUUUAUGUGGAUAUAUUUCAUUUUUAUUAAACGGUGGAAAAAUUAUCUUCAAAAUAAAAGUGAAUCAAAAAUACAAAUUCCAUUGGAUGAAAAAUUCAAAUAAGUUCCAAGUGAAAAAAGCUUAAAAAAAGUGAAUGAAAUAAAAAAUAACAUAAUAAUAAUCACAACCUUUUAAAUAAAUUAAAUAUUCCAAAAAAGAUUAUUAUUUUAAGUGAUUUUAAAAUUUAAUUGCAAAAAUUUACAAAAAAAUAAACCCAUAUGCAACAAAGAGGCAUUCAACUUAAGUGAAUUGCGCCAAGGAAACUCACAUGAAAGAAGGUACCAAGUCAAACAAAUAAAAAAACCGCAGGCAUAGCAACAUGAGUAACAAGGAAAAAUUAAUUUGAAAUGUGUUGCUCGUAAUGUCACACGUACAAACAUACACCAACCUCCGCAAAUUUCAACAAUUUAAUUAACUAGAGUGGAUUAAUUUGCACCUUGUUAGGCUAAUUAAGGAUUAAAGGCAGAAAAGAAAAACAAAAAAAAAGAAAAAAAAAAGAAAAGGAAAAAGAGUUAAACAGACCACGUAUAGAUUCGAAAAUAGAUACCCUCAAAUAUAUUCAAAGGAUCAACAAAAGUAUUUAUAUCAACAAUAGACUAACUUUCUUGUAAAUCAAAUAAUAUUAGCUUAUAUCCACAAUUUUGUGAAAGCAAUACUGAAAUAGAAUGCCACACACAUGGACAAGUGGCAUUUGAACAAAGAAAAAAAAAAACAAAUUGUUAAAACAACAAUGAUAUCCUUUAUUAAAAUGUCAAAACUGGAAAAUAAAUUUCAAUAGAAAUUAUUAAAAGUAUUAUUUGGAAAAGAAAAUUCUUCAAGGCAUUUGUUUUUCAAUUUCAUUUUUACGGAGACAAAUUCGACGUUUUGUUGAAGUGUGAGUGCGUGUUGUAAUUAUUGUAAAUUAAAUUCAUCAUAAAUGUAUAAUAAAUCGGGUUAAUAAAAACAACAAAACCAACAACAAUUGGAUCAUCAUCAUUGCCUGUCAUCUACAAACAAAAAAAUCUUCCAAGAAGCUGAAAUAUUUGCAUAAUUUAAGCUAAUCAAAUGUGUGAAUUUUGACAUCGAAAAUUCCAACCAUUUCCAACUAAAUACCAAGAAUAGCUAAAAAAAACAACCAACCAAAUGUUUAUAAAUGAUGCCCGAAAUUGAAUGUGACGUGGCGGCAGCAACAACAGAUAUGGUCAGUGGUGCGGCACAUGCGCCCGUUUUCGAAACGUCGGUGGCCCAAAAAUAUUACAGCAUACAUCAGCAGCAACAGCAGCAACAGCAGCAACAACAACAUCAGCAGCCGCAUCCACAGCAUCCUCAUCAGCUGCAUUCGCAACAACAACAACAGCAGCUCUAUCCACAAAUUCAUUAUAGCUCAGCAACGGCAGCUGAUUAUAAACUUGCCGCGGAGCAGCAGCAGCAGCAUCAGUUGGAACAGGCCCAAUACAAGAUGGCCACAAGUUCGUAUGUUUAUCGUAGUCCCCUGACCAUACCGCCGCCGACAACACCUCAAACAGCAGCAAUGUAUGAGCAUAUUGCCAACAACAGCAACAAUGCGACAGAGGCUUACAACAAUAAUUAUCAUGCCAAUCAUCAGCAACAUCAUCACCAGCAUUCUCAUCAUCAGCUGCAUUCCAUAGCAGCUUUAACUAGUCAACAACAAACAUUGGCGGCAGCAUCAUCUCCUGCGACAGCAACAGGUGCCAAUGGCACGGCAGAUACGACAGCCAACCAAAAUAUCAACAACAACAGCCACCUUAAAGAGAAGAGACCAACAAGUGAAACAACAUUUUUACAAAAAUCUUUAGAGGCACCACCAAAGCAGGCCAGCUAUGCCACCAAUGGCUAUGACAGUUCUGCGGCAUUAGCCAUUAGUGGCGGAGGUGGAGGAGGUACCGGCAGUAUUGUGGGCGUUACGGGUGCCAAUAAAACGCUAAUGUCUUCACCGCCGCCCAUUGGUGUACAAGCCAAAACGCCACAGACGAGACAAAAUCUAUCGCCCACAGCAUCGGCGGAGGCUCAUUUAACAUCAACGAACAUGUCAGCGUCUGCCACAUGGCAUCCUCAUGUUUAUGCCCGCCCACCUACUCGUCCCACCCCCCAUACCAUAGCCGAUAUCUUGGGUUUGCGUGAUUUAAAUGCGGCCAUACAUGCGGUCGGCAGCAACAACAACAAUACGAUUAUGUCAACAACAACAACGACGACGACGAACAUCAACUUACCGCACAACACGAACGCCCUGAUAUCGCGCGAUCCACACGACGAAUCAUCGAAUUCAUCGGCCACAACGAUACCCCCCGCCCCUGCCAAAUCGCCCAAGAGUAUUUUGCGCAAUUUCCAACAGCAAUACUCGCAGCAGAUCACCCAGUUCGAACAGCAACAGGCACGAAGUGCUUCGGCCAGUGAUACAAGUGAGGAUGAUAAUAUUGGUGGUCACACUGUGGGGAGUGGGGUUGGAGGUGGAUGCGCUACUAUUCCCAGCAUUGCCACUACGAAUAACACCUUAACGCCGACUGCAGUCGCCGCCUCUGAAGAUCUUUGUCUUGACCAGCCAUUGAAUUUGUGCGUAGCCAAAAAGUCUAGAGAUUCCCUGUCACCGCCACCUGCCGUCAAACAAAAUCAAAUUUUAGGCAUCACCCCGUCCGUGGAUCGUGAAAAAUCACUGCUGGGCAAACAUCUAAAGAAAGAUCCUCAUCAUGCGGCCGUAAAGAAUAGCAUGAAAAAGAAGAAACUCGCCUCGGCACAUGUUGCCUCCAGUGCAUCCAUCCUGCCACCCGAUGUCAGUCCGUCGGGCAGCAGUGAUAGUCUGAUGCGUGAACGAUUGGCCCCACCCGCAAUUAGCACUACACCGCCGGCUGUUAGCUGUAUGGAAACAACAGAGGAUGAUUCCGAUUCCGGGUCGACAGAUGCUCGGCGUAAAAAGAAGGCACGGACUACAUUUACAGGACGUCAAAUAUUCGAGCUGGAGAAACAGUUUGAAAUUAAAAAGUACCUUAGUUCAAGUGAACGAACCGAAAUGGCAAAGCUGUUGAAUGUCACCGAGACGCAGGUGAAAAUAUGGUUUCAAAAUCGUCGAACCAAAUGGAAACGACAAGAUAAUGUUACCAACUCGGAGGCAGCUGAGGUUAAGUCCGCCAAUUCGGGAAAGAUAACAACAACCACAACAAAUAGCACAGCCUCAUUGACGACUAGCUCGUCUUGCUCGACAGCAACAGUGGCGGGAGCAACAACGACAACAACAACAACACCGGCAUUAUCCUCCAGCACAACAACAGCAACGACAACCAUGGAAAGUAGCAACAACAUUUUAGCAAAUGGCAAAUCAAUGCCAACAGCAACAUCAAAUGGCCCAGUGACCACAAACACUGAUGCGAUUUUAGCAGCAACAACAACAACAACGGCUACAACAAAGAAAAAUGCUCUCAUCAAUGGGACACGGCAUGGCAGUGAGGCAACAGCCAAUACCAACGAAGGUAAACGUAGCAUUGCAAACGAAUUAAGUGCAAAAUUCACCGCUAAACAAGCGACAAAAAUCAAAAAACAAUUGAAUGCUCUGCUCGAGAAAACCUCAAAAAAUGCUACAGGUCUCACAAAGCAUGAGCCAGUGCCCGGUGGCGGCAGUAGUUUACAACAUGCAUUACAAGCUGCCUCGGGUCAGGUUGCAACAACUGGUGCUGCAACGGCUGUUGGCAAAUUAGCAAAUACCACUGGAAGUGCAGUAAUGGAUAACAAGAAUGGCCCCAGUCCAUCGUCGGCCAAUAACAAACAAUUGUCCAACAACCAUCAGCAGCAUCAUCAUCAUCACCAGCGUGAGCGUGGUAGUGGUCAUCAUCAUCAUCAUCAGCGCCACUAUGCCAUACCACACCAUCAUCAUGCUAUUCCAUUAACGGUUGAGCCUGCAGCACCCUUGGAACAGACUGAAAAACUCGAAAUCAAACUGGAGGAAUCGCCACAACAUCGCGAGUUGCAAUUAACAUUGUUACGUGCCGCCGCUGCCGCCCAACAAGCCGACCAACAGAGUCCACAUUAUGGCGAAAUGGAUUUUGAAAGUAAAUUGGCCGCAUCGAAAAUAUCAAAUGCCAGCAAAUUGAAUGGGCUGGAAGGUGCCGCAGCGGCUUUGUCCAAAAAGUCUAAAGCAACCAGCAAAAGUGAUAGGCAUCAUGCCAAAGAGUCGGCAGUUAAAGCUGAAAUCAAGGAAACAAAGGAUGCCACAGUGGCCGCAAAAAAACAAGACCGCAAUAGUGUCUCGGGUUCUGCUCACAUGAAUGGCCAAGGCAAAGAUGAAGCUCUACAACAUUCAUCUAAAAUGCCGUAUAAACUGGAUGGUACUACUGAAGUCAUAGGCAAAACAGGUGACGAUGAUGAUGAUGAUGCUGGGGAACAAAUGGAUUUGGCCACAAAUAAAAAUUCCGAGUCAACUUCUUCACCCAUGGACAUUGAUGAUAAUUUUAUUGAGAACAAAAAUCGAUUGCAGCCUAAAGAAGAGACUCAGCCAACAGAGCCCAUCACUGAUUCUUUAUUCACGUCGCCGCCGCCGUCAUCAUCAUCAUCGUCGUCGGCGGCGUCUGCAUCCUCCUCUUCGGCCGCAAACGACAAUGGCGACGAUACGGAAAUGCAAGAAAUUUAAAAUUUAAUGAAAUCGAAAAAAAUCAUUUUGAAAAAGAUCUUCCAGUCGAAAAGAAAAAAACCAAGCAAAAGAAACAAACAAACAAAUUGAGUGCCAAAAAUUAUUUUCAAAUAACCGAUCAAUCAAUCAAUCAAUCAUGCUGCUAUAACCUACUUAUUAUGCAUUACUUAGUUUAGCAUUAAAUAGAACUUUAAGAUUUGUGACACACAAAACGAGAGAUGUUUUAAAUUUGUUAUUUAAAAAAAAAAACUAUUAAAAUUAGUUUAUAAUUUUGUAAAUUUGGUUUGUAAUUUUUCAAAAUUUCAACAGCUUUUUUCUGAGAAAGUUUAAUUUUUUAUAAGAAAACUCGUGGCAAGACAAUUCCGGUAGACUUACACUGUCUUUACACGGUGGCAUUUUUAGCUGGCAUUUUUAUCAAUUCUCUCUUUAAAAUUUCUGCGUAAAUCUUCGCGCCUUUACACGGUGGCAUUUUACGAUAAUAGUGCUUGGCAUUUUUUCUGACAUUUUAUUUUAUUCAGUAUUUCGUAUAGAGCUAAUUGUUUGUAACAGAUAUUUAUAAAGAAGUGAUUUAAAAUUAAAUGUGUGAAUCUAAAGAAGGAAUGAUGGAAAAAGUUAUUGAGGUGUUAAAUAUUGCAUUAUUAACUUUUAUUUUAACUUUCUUUUUUUACUUUUUAAUACUUCCAAUUAAUUUUCAUAUAAUUCACUAUACAAUUCAGUCACUAAAAACAUCACAUCACAAUAAAAGAAACGCAUCAAAAAUUAAAAUAAAGAAACGAUAUGAAAUGUUAAAAUCAUAAAAAAUUCGGAAGAAGCAAAAAGAGAAAUGCAAAGAAAAUGUCAUGUAACCCUGUGCGGUGGCUUAUCGUGCCAUUUUUUCUUCUAUCCUUGUCUCUCUACACUUUUUACCAACAAAAAAAAUGGCAUGGUUAAAAAAUGUCACCGUGUAAAGGCAGUGUUAUUUUCUAAAUCUAAUAUGGCAACCACUUUCUAAAGUACUCGAGUAAAUUUAUUUUCAUACCUGAAAUAUUUACGUAUGACGAGUGUCAUAUUUUACAAAAAUAAUUAAUAAUAUAUUAUUUUCAGCGUUCCUAGGUAAAAAAACCGGUUAUAUGUUUCAUAUCUUAGGAAGACGGCUAUUUAUCUUGUCUUAAGAUUAAACUUACAAAACAGAGAUUUUAAAACCAUAACCUUAAAGAAAAUAUUCUUGAUGCUGUUAGUUCUUGUGAAGUUCUCGAAUAACGUUUUAAGUUAGCCUUUGAGGAUCAAAAACUCAGAAUAACCUAAGAAAUAUGAAAUUCUUCAAAUUAUCUGUUAUAUGGUUUCUGUAUAAAACCACAUCUUUCGCCGGCAAUUUUCUGUAAUGAAAUUAACACCAAAGUCGGGAUGUAAAUCUUCUACUAGUAUAACAGCAAAAUAAGGUGCUAUAUUAUCUAUUUUCUUACCUGUCCUAGCUGCCGAAAACCACAAGUGGCUAUCGUUAGAGCACUCCAACAUUUAAAUCGGAAUGAAUCGUUUGCGUCUCGUAUCACCGCUCGUUACCGUGAUACUGGUAGCGUAGCCCGACGUCAAGGAAGUGAACGGAAGAAAACAUCAACAUCAGCAAAAAUGGUUCGAAAAGUAAAGAAGCGACUUGAUCGAAAACCGGGUCACAGUGGCCGAAAAAUGGACCGUGAGCUGAACAUAUCGUAAUAUUCCAUUCGGCAAAUAUUGAAAAAUGAGCUCGGGGUAAAGCCAUUGAAAUUCCAAAAAGUGCAAGAACUUACACCGCAUCAGAAAGAAAAUAGACUCAAAAGUUGCUUCGCAUGGCCGAAAGUGGUGAACUGCCGAAUUUGGUUUUCUCCGAUAAGAAAACAUUCGUUGUCCAGCAGUUUGUAAACAAGCAAAAUGAUCGAGUUUACUUGCCAAAGAGGUCAGCUGAAAAUGUGCACCUUCGGUUGGCCACCAGAACUCAAGCGCCGACCAUGGUGAUGGUGUGGGCCUCCAUAACAGCCGAUGGUCGCUCUCCGCUCGUAUUAAUCGAUUAGAAUAAAUGCCGAAUAUUAUCUCGAAAAUAUUCUGGAGGGUGUAUUAAAGCCUUGGACACGCAAACAUUUUGGCCGCAGACUUUGGACAUUCCAACAGGACUCAGCACCAACGCAAUCAGCACGCGCCACGCAAGAAUGGUUACAAAAUGAGGUUGCUCGCUUCAAUUCCAGCGCACAAUGGCCACCAAAAAAGCGCUUCACCGGGAAUGGGGCAAAAUACCGCAGAGCAACAUUUGGGCAGCGUGUGACGGUUUCAAUGGCUGUUUGAAUGCCAAAAUUCAUGCCAAAGGUGACCAAUUCGAACAAAUCUGAACGUAUUCUAAAAUUUGAUGCUAUUUCCGACAUUUUUUGCUUUCACUUAAUAAAAUUAAAAAAAAAAUGUAAAAACUUUGGGGUUUGACUUUGUUGCAGGUUUUUUUAUCUCACCCUGUAAAUCUAAAUUUCUUGGCGGCUGUACGCUCAUAUUCAAGGAAUAACUGCAAAAUUUAAAUAUGA